CAGAGACAGACAGAGGGAGCAGAGACAACCAGAGGGAACAGAGACAGACAGUGGGAACAGAGACAGACAGUGGGAAUAGAGACAGACAGUGGGAAUAGAGACAGACAGAGGGAAUAGAGACAGACAGAGGAAACAGAGACAGACAGAGGAACAGAGACAGACAGAGGGAGCAGAGACAACCAGAGGGAAUAGAGACAGACAGAGGGAACAGAGACAGACAGGGUAACUGGGAUCAGAGCAGACACACAUAAGGAUGGAAUUGGGCAGAACAUGGUGUUUGCUGGUGGCCGUGGGGCUCAUUGUGGCAUCAGAGGGGCAAGUACCAAUGUCUGAGUUGUCGGACCUACAGAACAAGGCUGUGGCUCUGGCAGCAGAGGAUUUGCACAGCAAGAAGAACAUCAACAACCGAUUCCAGGUCUUCUCUAUACUGGAAGCAACAGAAGAAUACUACAGCGCUGGCAUUUUCGUGCGCUUGAACAUAAUGAAGAGACAGACCAACUGCCCCAAGAAACACUGGAACGAGGGGAAAGAGUGCAGCGCUGUGAAUGGAGGGAGAGUGUUCGACUGUUACAUCUGCAUCAAGUAUCAGUAUGGCAGUCACGCCCUCCUCUCCAGCUUCAUCGACUGUGUACUGAGCCGCCAUGUCAAUACGGAUCGGAGACACAAGCGCUCACAGCAGUGCAAGUCGUGAAGAAUAAGAACGAGACGGAAUCUCCUCUGACUGGAGCCACGAGUUUCUUAAAGUCGCACAACUGAACUUUCUCUCCAUUAUUUAGCCAGUGUCUGGAAGAGAAAUCAUGUGACUGCCGGAUAUUUGUUCUCACUCAUCUCACAUCGCACAGAGAAUUCUCCCCUCCUAUCCCUGGGUUGGAAUGAAUGGGAAUUGGCCGGACACUGUGACUGUAAAUGAUAGAGCUAAUGCCCAGGCUCUAGGGAAUAAUAUGUUUAUGUAUCACAGCUGAUUUGUAUGGUAUAUACAGUAU